AUGCCAGAUCAGGUCCAUAUCUCGGGUCUUCUGUCCCUGGCUAUUGUUGGACUUGACCACUGGAAGAAACCAGUACCGCAUCCAGUGUCAGUUGAUGUCACUUUUCUGACAGAUUUCUCGAAAGCGCUGGAGACUGACGAUCUCCACUACUCGCUUAAUUAUCUAGUGAUCUCGACUAAAAUUCUGCAAUUUCUCGAGAAAAAUUAUCAACGAAACUUUAGCUCACUCGGCGGAGUGGGCAAUGCCGUAUUCAAUCUACUAGAACAAGAACGAAAGGCCUGUUCUGAAGUAAAAGUUGCUGUAUCUGCACCAAAAAUCGACAUUAGAGCUCCUGCAAUGUAUACUACAAACUGUGGAACUGCUGGUACAUAUGAGAUCCGCGGUCUCCGGGCAUUGUCGCUUAUCGGAAUAUUCACUUUUGAAAGACUAAACCGCCAGUAUGUGACACUAGAUCUCACGUUCACAAGCUCAAACACACACGUAGCUGUGGGCGAAGUUUCCGAGUCUGUUCAGAACUACAUUGAACUGACUAAUUUCAAGACCGUAGAAGCAUUGGUCAAACUGACAUGCCAAUGGAUCUUUCAGAAUUUCCCGACGGUGGAGGUGGCUCUGGUGCAAGUAACAAAACCCAAUGCCAUCGUUUACACGGAUGGAGUAGGUGUCUCCUGUCAAUACACAAGGGCCGAACUAGCCGGAGAAGAUCCAUUGACUUCUGUUGAGUCUUCUGGAGAAGAGUCGCAUUUCAAUCUACCUGUCACCUCACAAAACGAAUUUUCUGGCAGUCAUUCUGUGUAUGUGGCUUUCGGCUCCAAUGAAGGCGAACAACUCAAGAACAUUAAUGAGGCAUUGGAUCUUCUCCAUCAACACCCUCAAAUCAAGCUUGAGAGCACCCUGGCUUUGUAUGUGUCCAAACCCAUGUAUCAUUUGGAUCAACCAGACUUUUACAACGGUGUGGUCAAGCUUUCGGUGACUGACAUGAAUCCGCACGAGGUGCUUGACUUUCUCAAAGAGAUUGAGUACGAGCAGCUCAAACGCACUAAAGAAUUCGAAAAUGGACCUCGCUCCAUCGACUUGGAUCUCAUUCUCUUUGACAAAGCUCUUGUAAACACGCCACGCUUGACCGUGCCCCAUAAAGCAAUGCUUGAUCGUACCUUUGUCCUCCAACCCUUGUGUGAGCUUCUUCCCCCAGACUUCAUUCAUCCAGUGACGGCCGAGUCUAUACACACCCACCUCGCUAGACUUCUUCAUCAAACAGCGGAUGUUUCUGUUCAAGAAUCAUGUAAGCUCAUACAACUCGUGCCAACUGCACACGGCCGUCUAUUGGAGUUCAAUAGAGAUGGUCUGUCACCUACAAUGCUCAUGGGAGUUUUUAAUGUGACACCUGACCUGUUUAGUGAUGGAGGAGAGCGCUUUAAUCUAGACAAAACGGAGAUUUUGAAAACUGCUCACUACAUGAAAGAUCAAGGUGCAACGAUCAUUGAUGUGGGCGGAGUAUCCACUCGUCCAGGUAGCACUGCUCCAUCUGUGGAAGACGAGCUCAGCAGGGUUGUAGAAGUUAUUGAGGCUAUACGUCUGGACAGAACUCUUGACAAGAUUUUCAUUUCUGUGGACACCUAUCGUGUCCAAGUAGCCGAGAAGGCUAUAGCGGCCGGUGCUGACAUUAUCAACGACAUUUCAAUGGGUCUUUUUGAUAAAGACAUGUUUGCCUUUGUUGCCAGGUCUGGCUGUGGAUACGUGAUGAACCACACACGAGGCACUCCGGCUACCAUGAGCAAGAUGACCGUGUAUGAUGCUAACCCUACUCCUGAAACGGUCGUGGAAUACUUUAUAGACGAGAAGAACGGCCUUCUCAAUCCGCUUCCAGAUUCAACCCAAAACCUCUUGGGUGGAGUCUGCAGAGAGAUCUCAACUCAGGUGCUUGCAGCUCUCCAAAAGGGUGUGCGGAAAUGGCAACUCAUAGUUGAUCCUGGCAUUGGUUUUGCAAAGAACGGCAAGCAGAACUUGGCCCUUAUUCGUCACUGUUCGCGCGUCAAAAGGUAUGCCCAAUGGAACACGGACAUGAACUCAUAUGUCAGUUUCCACGGAAUGGCAUUGUUGAUGGGAACGAGUCGCAAGAAGUUCUUGGGCGAGAUCACUAAUACCCCACAGCCAGCAGACCGUGCUGUGCCUACAGCGGCUUCUAUUGUUGCAUGUAUUGAGCAGGGCACAGAUGUAGUCAGAGUUCAUGAUCUCAUCGAGGCCCGUCAAGCAGCACAGACUGCAGAUGCAAUUUAUCGAGUCGAAUGA